AUGAGCUCGCCUGCUGGUCCCUGCUCUGUAUAUUUCUGGCCUCCGCCCGCCGGCGCUCGUCGUCGAAUCUCCUCUGAUCCUCGCAUUGGCAGACCAAUUGCACUUCUGGCUAUCGCACCGCUCCCAGCAAACGAGGCGUAUCACAAUUGA